AUGUUCAUUGAUCUGAAUGUACCGGCCCCUACACCUUCCUCGCAAUUGGGCCAGUCGCAAUCCAAGAAGGGCAAGGGAAAACAACCUGCAGCACCAGCGACGGUGACCUUCGCGCCCGGGCAGAUAUCUUCUCUUGAGAAUCGCAUCGACCUACUAGUCCAUUUAGGAUACACCGUCUUGGCUCUGAACCAGACAAUACAGACGAAACUCGAACCGAAGAAUCAUGUCAACAUUCUGGAUCCUUUACUCGCGCAGCUGAGGGAGCGAUCAGGCCUGGUGCUGCUAAAGCGGCUCACUAUCGUGCUUGAUGAGGGGAGCGAAAAGGGCUUUGGACUGACGACCCAAAAUACACCCCUCGUAGCUUCAUACGACAUCCUCUCCCUCCUACCCACGACCCAAAACAGCCUUUCCCUCGCCUGCCUCACGCACACCCUCCCCUCCCCACUCACCACUCACAUCAUCGCCCUCCCUCUCGCUGCUCCACGUCUUCCUUUUCGGCUCAAACACACGCUCAUCCGCACAGCGCUCAAGAACGGUGCGGUCUUCGAACUGUCCUAUGGCGGUGCCCUUGGUGCGGACGCCGACCCGAGCAGCGGCAUGGGUGAGGGUGGGGCAGGCGCGAAGCGGAACUGGUGGGCGAACGCGCGCGAGGUGGUCAGGGUGACGAAGGGCAAGGGCGUCCUGGUCAGCGGGGGCAUCGUGAACGAUGCGGACCUGCGUGGUGCGAGAGAUGUUGCCAACCUCAUGACUGUGCUGGGACUAUCCCCGGACGCAGCCCACCAUGCGGCGACAAAGAUACCUCAGUCGCUCAUCCUACGCGCACAGACUCGUCGGACGUACCGCGCGGUUCUUUCCGAGCCGAAAGUCGUGUUCCCUCAUGCUCAAACGACACAGCCGGGUGCAAGCGCACCAGCGCCACAGCCUGCGCAGGCCGUCGAUCCCCCAGUACAAGCUGUAGCGGUGACAGAUCCCAUACCAGUGACUGACAUGCCGGAGCAAAGCACGGAGAUGACUGCGAAGAACGUGAACGGCAAGAGGCAGCGCGACGAGAGCACCGCCCCUUCCAAAAACGCCGGGCAUACUGCAGACGUCGACAAAGACGGUGCUGGGAGGAAGCGGAAAAAGACGAAAACCAAGGACGGCGGUCCAUGACGGAGAUAUCAUGGGACAUUCGUCUCGCGCCGUAUGUGCUCUACUUCUGAUAUCAGCCGAUGGGCAUCGCACAGCAAUGGUAUUCUCGCUGCAGCUGUUACGAUGUUGGCUGUAUCACAAACUUCGGAUGCGAACGGACACUAUCAUCGACAUCGGACAGACUUCGAUAGGAAGGCCAACAGAGAAGAACCACAGCGAACAAAUACCCAUUGGCGAAAUGGGCGUUUGUGAGUUGGCGAAGCCUCCCUUUGUCACUCGUACUGAAUUUGAUU